ACUAGUCUCGCUCUGGACUAAACCGUUAUUUUUUUCCCCACCCCUCUAAAAUUCGUGGGAGUGUCUCUGAUUCUGAUGUACUUUUGUUUUCGAGUUCAAGUGUUGUUGUUGUUGGUUAAACAUUAAAAUAUCUAGGGUUUUGUCCGUCAACCACUAUUUUCAGUUUACCGUUAUAGUAUAGAGAGAAAGGAGAAAUCUAGGGUUUCUCUUCUGCAACUUUGAAUAAAAUCAUGGGGCGUUACCGUGGUGUUCCUAAUUCAGCAGACGAGGAUCUAAGUUCCAGGUCUAAAAGAAAAAGGGCAGCUACCAGUGGAGAGAACUUAGAUUCUUCAAGUGCAGCUCCAGGAACAAGUGAUGGAAAGAGGGCAUUAUACCACUGCAAUUAUUGCAAUAAAGAUAUUUCUGGGAAGAUUCGUAUCAAGUGUGUAAAGUGCCCUGAUUUUGAUCUAUGCAUAGAGUGCUUUUCUGUAGGAGCUGAAGUUACACCUCACAAGAGCAAUCACCCUUACAGGGUUAUGGACAAUUUGUCAUUUCCCCUUAUUUGUCCAGAUUGGAAUGCAGAUGAAGAGAUAUUGCUUCUAGAGGGUAUUGAAAUGUAUGGAUUAGGUAACUGGGCAGAAAUUGCAGAGCACGUUGGUACGAAGAGUAAAGCUUUAUGUAUCGAUCACUUCACGACUGCCUAUAUGAAUUCUCCGUGUUUCCCACUCCCUGACAUGUCUCAUGUUGUUGGAAAGAACAGAAAGGAGCUUCUUGCUAUGGCAAAGGGACACAAUGAGGUCAAGAAAGUGGCUGCCACAGGGUUUCCUACAUUUGGCGAUUUCACGCUGAAAGAAGAUUCUCCAUUCUCUCCUUCUAGAGUCAAGAUUGAAGGUCAAUCACCAUCUAGCUUAACUGCAGCAUCAGACGAUUCUGGGACUGGUUUUAGCAGCAUCAAUAGAGCAUCAGCAGGUGCAGUUAAGAAAGCAUCAAGUAUGGCCCAAAUCAAAGAGACGGCAGAUCCAGUCAAAGUGGAAGAUUCUCACGUGGACAGAAGUAUUGGGGGAAAGAAACCUAUACCAGCCAGAGAAGAGGGGCCAUCUAUGACAGAACUAAGUGGCUAUAAUGCUAAAAGACAUGAGUUUGAACCCGAAUACGACAAUGAUGCUGAGCAGUCACUUGCAGAGAUGGAGUUCAAGGAUACUGAUACUGAAGCCGAGUGUGAACUUAAGCUGCGAGUGUUGCGUAUUUAUCUGAAUAGGCUUGACGAGAGGAAGCGAAGGAAGGACUUUAUAUUGGAAAGAAAUUUACUGAACGCUGAUCCGCUGGAGAAGGAUCUCUCUCCUGAAGAAAGAGAGAUAUAUCAACGCUACAAGGUUUACAUGCGCUUUCAUUCGAAAGAAGAACACGAGGAACUCAUAAGGACAGUUAUUGAGGAGCAUGGAAUGAAGAAAAAAAUUCAAGAACUUCAGGAAGCCCGAGCUGCUGGGUGUCGCACAUCAGCUGAGGCAAACAGAUAUCGUGAACAGAAAAGGAAAAGGGAGGCCGAGGAAAGCGCUUUCAAAGGGAAGGAAAGUUCUCAGCUUGGGGCUAGUGGUAAAUUUCUGCAAAGGGUGAACCGCCCCAAAAGCGAACCUGAUGGCAGCAGUCCUCGAGGUGGUUUAAAAGGGUCUGCUGGGUUCGAGUCUGGUGGCAAAGGUUUAUCUACAACACCAGCACUGGGUUUUGCAAGUUGUUUGGAUGAUUGGGAUCUCACCGGACUUCCUGGGUCUGACCUACUAUCUGAUGCUGAGCAAAGAUUGUGCCGUGAAUCCAAAUUGCUUCCUUCUCAUUAUCUAAAAAUGCUGGAAGUUAUGUCGAAGGAGGUUUUCAGUGGCAACAUUACCAAAACAUCUGAUGCUUAUCGACUAUUUAAAGUAGACCCAAGCAAAAUUGAUGGAGUAUAUGAUAUGCUUGUAAAAAAGGGGAUUGCUCAAAUAUAAACUAUUUUUUUGUCUUGGGGAAGGCCUUGCAACAGUUGUUUGCCAUUGUACACCCCUUUCCACAUAUGUAUCAUUGUAUGUAGUCCUUUUAAUUCUUGUAAGCUUGUAACAUUUUAUAUGAACAAGUUGCCAUUUCAAUAAUUUUUUCCCAGACUGACGGAUUAAAUAAUUCUGCCAGUUUAGAUAAACGACUGGAGUCGUCUUGA